AUGUCGUUGCAUGAAAAGCCGCUAGAGCAGGAGGACCAGGACGCCGUUAUUCUCGAUGCCAGGGCUGGUGAUCUGGAGUCGCUGCAGGAGAUAUUCACUACGCUGAUACAUCCGAAGCUGUUGGCUACGUGUGUGAGCUCUGACAACGGGUCUACUGCGCUGCACAUGGCAGCUGCGAACGGGCACUUGGAAGUGGUGAAGUACAUAAUGGAGCAGGUGAAGCAGAGUGCGGAUGCUGGCGCUGUGGGGCGGUAUGUGAACCUGCAGAACAAGACCGGGAACACGGCGCUGCACUGGGCUACGCUGAACGGCAAGCUGGAUGUUGUUCAGUACCUGUGUGACGAGUGCGAUGCCGACCCGUUUGUGAAGAACGAGUUCGGACACGACCCGAUCUUUGAAGCGGAGAACAACGGCAAGGAGGAAGUGGAGAACUACUUCUUGAAGAAGUUUGACGUGGAGCCCGAGUCUGAGUCUGAGUCUGAGGACGACGUCAAAGUAUCCCACGGUACAGAGAUCGAGCAAGUCACCAAGGAGGCCACAGAAGUGCUCGCCAAGCAGACAGAGUCGCUGCAACUGGAGUAG